GCUCACUUCUUUCAGGGACUGGGAAACAAGACAGCGACCAGAGGGAAAAAGUGUUGAAGACAAAGAGGUGGAGAGUUCUGAGGGACAGUGACCGUGUUUAUAAGCCUCUGUGUGGGACAGCACCGGCUGGAAACGGGCGAUCAUGAAGAAAUUAUGGAGGGUCCUGAUCUUUUGUCCGCCUCUGCUCAGCAUUAAAGUUUUGUAAAAUGAAAGCUUCAGAGUUAGAGGUCCGGUGAUGGAAAGACCUGCAGCACUCCGGGCUCAGUGAUCGUUUGAACAUCCUAACGCCUCACAAACAGAGGAUGGAGGAAGUGGAAAGGAAUAAGGGAGCGACGACAGUUUGAUUAAUGACAUUGCUGUGGAGAAUUUUAUUUUUAUAUUUUGGAGCACCUGUAAAUUUUUAUUCGACAAUUUUUUCCUGGUAUUUUUUUUUCUUUUUGAGAAAACUGGCCUUGCUCAUUUACUGUGCAGAGAGUGUACACAGCAGCGAGAGCACUUGCCAUGGGAAGGAUUGUUCUGAUAUCAAUGUAGCAUCUUAAAGGUGGUAGUUUGGAGGUAGAAGUGGAGCUGGAAUUGGUUGCGAGGUAUGGGGAGUACUCCAUAUCCUGCAGGUGAGUGGAAGGAGAAGGGCCGGGGCAGCUUGCAGGAGCUGGGCUGCAUGCCCUGGAAGGUCAGCAAGCAAAAAGCAGCAGGAGGAGAAGUAGGUGCAGAGGAGAAGAGGUGUAGAGAUCCCAGGGACCUUCAGCAGCGGCAGCAGGAUCUCCACUCUUCCUCUUCUUUUCUCACCCUCCCAGCACCUCUUCAGAGUUCUCUGACACCUCCAGCCAUUUAUCAUGAGAAGCAGCGGCGGGAGCUUUGUGCACUGCAUGCACUUAAUAACGUCUUCCAGGACGGGACGGCAUUCACCCGGGACACCCUGCAGGAGAUAUACCAAAGGCUAUCUCCCAGCACUAUGGUGACGCCUCACAAAAAAAGCAUGCUGGGAAAUGGGAACUAUGAUGUAAAUGUCAUCAUGGCAGCUUUGCAGACCCGGGGAUUUGAGGCAGUUUGGUGGGACAAAAGAAGGGAUGUGGGCAGCAUUGAGCUGUCGAAUGUGGAGGGUUUUAUUCUGAACGCACCGUCCAAUCUGCGCUGGGGGCCUCUCCGGCUGCCGCUCAAACGCCAGCACUGGAUUGGUGUCAGAGAGGUGGGAGGAGUCUACUACAACCUGGACUCCAAGCUGCGGAACCCUCAACCCAUUGGCAGUCCAGAUGAGCUCAGGAAGUUUCUUCGCCAGCAGCUGCGAGGGAAAAAUUGUGAACUCCUGUUGGUUGUCUCUGAAGAGGUGGAGGCACACCAAACAUGGCGGUCUGAUGUCUGAAAGUGUCUGAACAGCCAAUCACAGCUCCUGGGGAGCGGGGACACUGAGCCAAUCGCAAAGCAGAGAGGAGAGGAUGCAGCCAAUUGUAUUGAUGCACACUUUGUUUCCACGUCACGCCUCUUUCCUUGGGUUUUGUUUACACAGCUGCAGCUGAACACAAAUCUGAUA